GAAAAAAAAAAAAGUUUUGAGAGCGGCAAUGGGUCAGGGACAAUCAUCGCAAGGCGCUCUCCAAAAUCGAGAACCCACGCCCGAGCCAGCGGAUCCGGAGGAGGCGAGGAGAUUUAGAGAGGAGAAAGCGAGGUUGAGGGAGGAGGUAUGUUCCAAUGACAUUUCUGUAUUCAAAUCGAUUUCACUCUCCCAUUGUCUCUUUCCUUAAGUCGAUUUCUUCCAUCAAGAUGCUCUCAGUUAAACUUCUGAAUUUUGUUUGUCCGCGUAAAUCGUCACUGCUACCCUUUUCCCUCUAUCUAACCUCCCCAAAGGAGCGCGCUCGCCGCGCCGCAGCCGUAGAGCAGCGCCUCGCGUCGCAGCAAAAAAAGAAGAGCGGCGCAGGUGCGAAUGCGAGCGCGACGCCGUCAGCGGCGGCGCCGAAGAGGAAAGAGACUGCGCUCGAGCAGAUGAGUAGGGAGAAUAAGGGGUGGCGGGAUGCGGAUCAGCAGGCGGAUUUGAGGGCUUGGAAUUGAUGCGUUGGGGGUGGGGUAAGGGCAGAGUGAAGGUUGGAGAGGUACGUUAGGGAGGGGUUGUGGCAGAUGGGUUGUAUGUUGGUUCAUGGAGAGGCACGUGUGUAUUUCAAGUGUUUUCAUGGGCAGGAGGGAACAGUUGUAUAUGGUAUAUGGAUGGUAUGAUAUUCACUCUACUGAAUCCGAAGCUGAC